AUGGGUCCAGCCCACAGCAACCAUGCGGACAUCGCAGAGAAGGGUGAUGGGGCCUUCAGCCACUGGCGUCAUACGAUCACCGCGGGGCCGUGGUGCAAGUCGAUGCUUCGCUUCUCAACGCCGAGAAACAUGCCUCUCAAGAAGGUUCGUGCUAUGGUUGCAGUGGUGUUUCCCAUGGCUCCGCCGUUUGGAUGGAUAGAGUUCAAUCGGGGGAAGCACGUCGUGCACCAGGAGAUCUUUCGAGAGCUUUUCCUGCAAACCUUUCCCCGAGCUGGGGUCGCGAGGCCACACCUCAUUGAUGCCGCUGAGGAGACCGUGCCAGAUACAAGGUAUGUCUGGCGAGUCGGUGGCAACCAUGAGUUUGAGCUUCCCUUGAAAGAGGGUGAGCUCUAUGAGAAGAGGCUACCCUACCAAAUAGUGGAGUGGUACGCAGAGUUCGAGCGACGAGGUGGUAUUCUAUAUCCACCACCUGAAUCUUACCUGUACUAUCAGAACAAAGUGGGGCUGGCCCGCCUCUUCAUCGAACGCAAGGUGAAGAUUCCCCCCACUUGGGUCAUCACGAGCUUGGACGAGGCGAAGUCGGAGAUGGACAAGAUCCAGUUCCCUGUAGUCAUCAAGGACCCUUACGGCUUCUCCAGUCUCGGCUUGCUCCAGGCAGCUGGCAAAGAUGAAUUCAUGGAGAAGAUGGAGCUCUACUUCUCCAAGGCGCUGCCUGAUGUGGAGGCUAUCGUGCAGAGCAAGGUGGUUGCGCUGAAAGAGGCGCGGGUCACCUACGUGGACGGGCGCCCUUUCCACGGCUACUGGCGGAUAAGGCACGAUUGCAGCAACUUGGGGCGAGCUAGCAAUCUCGGAGGAUUCCAGGAUUUCGACUUCCCUCUGCAGGGACCCUGCGGGGAAAGGGAAGCUAUCGCGCCCUAUGUGGCAGAGUUUGCCAAUAGGACUGGAAUACCGGUGGGAGGUGUCGAUUUCAUAUGGGAGGAGGAGGAUGCGGACGUGAAGACCAUGCCGUACACUCUUGAGGUAUCUGGAGGUGCGGCGCGAAUGGUGCAGGGCCAAGGUCCAGACGCUGCGUUUGUCAUUCCGUCUCUUUGCAGGACGGAGUUCAUGAUCUUGGCGGUGAUCGACCGGUAUCGAUCUGAACGCAAGCACUUGUUUGUUGAUAUUGAUAAUGUGGUGUCCCUGUCCAUGGAGCGCGUAAGGCGGUGGAAGGGAGACAAGAGAGCCUACAUGGCCAGCGAGGUCAUUAAGGAUCUCCCAGUUCCUGGUGCAGCCGAUGCGCUUCGAAGGCUACGCGAGCGGUACUUCAUCCGCUUUCUCACAGCCCGUGGGACGUACGAGGACGCCUUCAAUGUGACGCAGACGUGGCUUGAGCUGAAUGAUUUCGACUAUGACGACCUGAUCGUUGUAGAUCGACCUCAGUCGAAGGUAUGCCACUUCACAUCGCAGACCCUUUUGGUUGAUGACUUCACCCUGGGGCAUGAGAAGAAGGAACCAUCGCUCAACCAAAAGUUCAUGGACCAGCUCUCUGCGGCGAAGCUGCCUUUCGUGCAAUUUCCGCUCGGCGGCAGCAACUUGUUUGCAUUCGGGCCGAAGACGUGGAUUGGAUUGGCAUGUGCUUCGCGAUGA